CUACAUGUACAAAAUUCUUGUACAUGUGUCGUGCGUCUUGACGUCGCGACGAUCCCCCUAGAAAACACUGUACAUGAUCCAAUAGGACGGAUUAAGACGAGUCCAAUGUACUGGUCAGUAAUUGCGCGGCCAUUUUGAACGACCGACCCAACCGUAAAUUGAGCAAAGUUUGGAAAUUGAAGGUUCUUCCUCAAUCCUCAACGAAGUUAUUCAGAAUUGAAGACAAGACUGUGGUUUGUUUUCCCUAUCUUACAGUCGCAGCCUAGCCAUGCCCAGUAGAAAAGGCAGAACCCUCGCAGAAGUGCUUGAGGACUGCCAGAAGGGAAUCCACAACCAUGCCAAACUGACAGCUGCUCUGAGAAUCACAUAUGAUGAGCUUGAUGACAAGACAGCAUUUCACCAGGAGUUUUUGGGUUUCUUCAAGCGUGCGCUGAUCAUUUUCAAGCGGGAGCCCGCCGUGGAGCGAACCUUGGACUUUGUGGCCAGGUUUGCUGCGUCGUUUGCCGUCGCCGUAAAUUCGGGCGACGAAACAGAGGAGGAGUUGCCCCAGACACCGGCCAACAACUUCAUGGUCUUCCUGUUUGCAUUUUUGUUGCAGCACCACAAUGCCCGAGACCGAGCCGUGCGUUUCCGUGUCUGCCAGAUGAUCAACAAGCUGCUUGUCAGCCUGGGUGAUGAGGCCCAGAUCGACGAAGACCUCUACGAGCAGAUCUACGACAGCAUGCUGAUACGCUUGCACGACAAGUUCCCGGCCGUCCGCACCCAGGCCGUGACGGCCGUGGCCCGUCUGCAGGACCCCUCUGACGUGGACUGCCCAGUCAUAGCCGCAUAUAUGCACCUGAUUGAGCACGACGUCAACUACGAAGUGCGCCGUGCCGUGCUGUUGAGCAUCUCCAUGUCCACCAGAACGCUUCCCAAAAUUCUGGACCGCACUCGGGAUGUGAAAGACACCAUCAGAAAGGCUGCCUUCCAAGUUCUGGCAGAGAAGGUGCAUAUUAAGGCCUUGACCAUCGCCCAGCGAGUGCAGCUGCUACAGGAUGGGCUGACGGAUCGCUCAGACAUGGUGAGAGACACCUGCUCGGGCAAGCUCCUCCAGGCCUGGCUCCGCAUCUUUGACGGCAAUGUCCUGGAGCUCCUGGGCUGCCUGGAUGUGGAGAACUCCUGCAAGACGGCCGAGCUGGCCCUCGACUUCGUCCUAGGGAAGGCCCAGCCCCAGGACCUGGUGGACAACUUUGACCUACUGGACAAGACGUAUGUCAUUCCGGUAGACAAGUUAACAUGUGAGAGCGCCCUCUACUGGCAGUGUCUGUGCAGCUUCUUGAAAGGCCAGGGUGCCGAAGGGGAGGUGUUGCUUGACAGAAUGCUGCCCAAUGUCACCAUAUUCUCGGACUACAUCAGAAGUUUCCUGGACAAGCUCAAGUCCACGGCCUUGAACGAGACAGAAGUGGAGGAGACACUGAAGCAGGAAUUUGUAGCUCAGCAGCUACUGAGGCUGUGCGGGAUACUAGACCUCUCCGACGAAGUCGGCAGGAAACACCUUGAUGGAAUGAUUCGCGACAUGCUGACCGCCCCCCAUAUUCCCGCUUCCCUGGUCCCCCUCCUGGUCAGCCACUUUGCCGUACUCCACCCCGGGGAUGAGGAGCAAGUGACGCUGAUGGCAGAGAUCAUCGCCGAUGUCCGCGAACCUAUCUCUGUGCUAGAGACCAGCAUAAGUGAGGACGAGAAACGCAAGAAGGAACUCAAGCUCGCCAGCGUGCGCGUGGAGUUGAACCAGGCCCGCGAUGCCCUGGAGGACUGUGUCAGUAAGGAGGACUUCGGCCGCGCUGCUGAGCUGAAGAAUUUGGUGACCGAACUGGAGGCCAGCAAACAAUCUCUGCUGGAGGAGUCCAGUGUCAGCUUCAGGGAGGUUCGCUCCGAAAAGAAUGAUCCGGGCACCUUAGUGAAGUGCCUCACUAUUGCUAGUGAGGUCCUCCAGCGUCUGACGGCCAAGGGCCUCAACCCCACGUUGCAGACCCUCAUGGACACUCUGGUUUUGCCAGGAAUCCAAAACACCGACCCGUCAGUGCGGAACGUGGCAGUCAAGUGCAUUGGACUUGCCUCCCAGCUCAGCCGCGACUUUGCCCAUCGUCACCUGCUGCUUUUCAUGCAAAUCUCCCAAGUCGACCAGGAGACCAUCCAGGUCACGGCACUGCAGUCCAUCUUUGAUCUCCUCCACACCUUCGGUCUGGAUGCCUUCAAGAUUCCUCCAAGUGCUCCUGAGACUGGCGAUGGCGAAUCUCAGACCCCGGCGGAGAACCGAAGGGACAGCAAGGGCGAGGAAGGGGUGCAGCAGGACAAGAGCACCGCCAGCAGCGUGCUGGCCAUCUUGACUGGGUUACUGGACAGUGAGAGUGCCGAUGUGCGGACGGUGGUCGCCGAGGGGAUGGCCAAGCUGCUCCUCUCCGGCCGCGUGACCAGCCCCAAGCUCUUGUCUCGCCUCCUGCUGCUGUGGUACAACCCCACAACCGAGGAGGACCUGCAUCUCAGGCACUGCCUGGGAACGUUCUUCCCCGUCUUCGCAUUUGCUUCAAGAGCCAACCAGGACUGUGUGGAGGAGGCAUUCCUACCGACCCUGGCCACGCUGUUCAAUGCUCCGACCACCUCCCCACUGGCCCAGGUGAACGAGAAUAACGUGGCCGAGCUGUUGGUCCACCUGACGGAUCAGCGCAACCUGCAGCAGGAGACAGACUUGCAGGAAAGUUCUGUUCACGACAGUCUCAGCUUAAAGCUUUGCAACAAGAUACUCGGUGAUAUGGAGGCGCCAGGGGUGCGGGUCCUGUGUAAAGUCCUCAACACGCUACACCUGUCCCCCUCCAACGCUAACGUCUGGAAGGACCUCAGUGUGCUGGCGGAACAGAUGGUAGAGAAAGCCGAGGAGAGGAUGGUCAGGAAGCACCUGGAGAAGUUUCGGCAGAGCCUCCAGACCCACCGGCAGGGGGACGUCGAUGGCGCCAGACCUCUGCCCCAGGGAGGACAUGAGCUAGAGACCGGCCAGGCUUCGGGGGCCGAGGGAGAGGGGACACCUGGGGACCACCAGACUCAAACCACCGGAGGAGGCGAAGCCGACAAAGCCGUCCAGCAAGUGGAUGAUGCCGUAGCCACCCCCCUUGCAGACCGUGUCCCCCCAAUCAGCGCCUCACCAACUGGUAACAGUGGAAAUGGUACCGUCAGUGAGGGAGAGAAUGACGGAGCUGGCAAGCUGCCAAGAACAGGAGGUAGAGGUCAGAGGUCACGGAGGAAGCCGCCUCCAGUGGCACAGGAAGAUGACACGGAGAAUAGUGUGUUUGAGAGCCCAGCCUUGCAACCUACUCGCCCCAAGAGGUCAAGCAAGCGGACAAAGGUCAAGAUGGCAGCUCUCCUGAGCGACAGCGAGUCUGAAAACGAGAAGUCAAAGUUCAGUACUCGUCGAUCAAGGAAUGUCCUGGCCGCCAUUAAUACAGACGAAAGUUCUUGACGGCGCCAAACACCAGCAAGACAAAGGCACAGAAUGGAGGCCAACUUGUAGUUCAUUUGUCAUUUCGCAAAAGUUUUUUUUUUAAAAUAGGCAGCGUUUAUCAAUUGCGUCUUGUUUUGUGGUGGCCGAUUGGCAUGAUUUGUAAAAGUGGAGAUUUCUAUCAUUUCAUGUACAGUACUGACAUUAUUACCUUAUUAGCAAAUAUGUUAAGCCGUGAGAAAUGGUUUGAAAAAAUCUCCACACGUAGUAACACCAUUUAUGUUUAUUCGUAACAAUUAGCAGCAAUUUGUUUUCAUGCCAGCGUAGUUUGUCAUAAACGCUUGUCCCUUACAGUGUUUUAGAAUAGAAUUACAUGUAUGAAGUAUUUGUCACCUGCUGGCUUAUAAUACGGGCGUUUCACAGUAGUGCGCCUCCAAGAGUUUGCAACGCGUUGGCCAAUCACAAUGCGCGAAAU